AUGCAAGGCAGAGAGGCCCAGCUCCUGCAGACAGCCCCCCCAAUGCAAGGCAGAGAGGCCCAGCUCCUGCAGACAGCCCCCCCCAAUGCAAGGCAGAGAGGCCCAGCUCCUGCAGACAGCCCCCCCAAUGCAAGGCAGAGAGGCCCAGCUCCUGCAGACAGCCCCCCCAAUGCAAGGCAGAGAGGCCCAGCUCCUGCAGACAGCCCCCCCCAAUGCAAGGCAGAGAGGCCCAGCUCCUGCAGACAGCCCCCCCAAUGCAAGGCAGAGAGGCCCAGCUCCUGCAGACAGCCCCCCCAAUGCAAGGCAGAGAGGCCCAGCUCCUGCAGACAGCCCCCCAAUGCAAGGCAGAGAGGCCCAGCUCCUGCAGACAGCCCCCCCAAUUGCAAGGCAGAGAGGCCCAGCUCCUGCAGACAGCCCCCCCAAUGCAAGGCAGAGAGGCCCAGCUCCUGCAGACAGCCCCCCCCAAUGCAAGGCAGAGAGGCCCAGCUCCUGCAGACAGCCCCCCCCAAUGCAAGGCAGAGAGGCCCAGCUCCUGCAGACAGCCCCCCCAAUGCAAGGCAGAGAGGCCCAGCUCUGGCCCUGUCCGAAGGUGGCCUCGAUCCAGAUCCAGACUAA